AUGUACCCCGAACAAUCCAUUCGACUUCGAAGAAGGGGAUCAACAUCUUUCGAUCCCUCACCUCAAGAUAUCGAUACGAUAACUGCCAAUUAUUGCGCACCAAGUUAUGAAGAUACCACUUCACCUCAAUCAGACUCUGUAUCCCCUCAUCUCGGUAGAUCCCAACUGCCUUGGACAGGGCAGGGUCAGGAACAGGGGUCUUGCAGUCUCGCCGAACACUUUAGAACGAUUAACGAAAUCAGAGAUACGUGUAGGAACGACGGGACGAGUGGAUGUUUGGUUUAUUCCAAUGCGAUCAAGACGAGACGAUCAUCCAGGGGAUCCAUCUUCUCUGGUUGGACGUCGUCCAACGCUGAGGAGAAGAAAGGGGCGAUGAGGUCUUAUAUUGAUCAUUCAAGACUGGUUGAUACUCAAGCUACGUGCGAGUCCUUAAGACAAGUGGCAGAGAAGUUGGAAGAAUUGAGCGAAUCUACGACGAUCAGGUCCAGGGAUAUUCAUGGAGCUCUCAAGGGCUUUGGGAUACCUCGAGGUAUUUCGACGUAUACGGUGGAUCAGAUUGUAUUGGAUGAGUUAAGCUCGUGCGAUCCUGUCGUGUUGACCUAUAGCGUCGAUUCGGGCGUCUUCACGAGAAGACCUACCUAUUAG